GAUGAUCACGGGUACUCAGCAGCUCGGACUCUAAGAAUGUGCUUGGGCGUGAGGUUUUGCGAGAAGCUUGCAUGUUGCUUGUCGAAUCAGAGCAACUAUGGAGAGCUUAUGCGUUGUCUCUGAUGGCCCUGCUGUCUGUCUUCCCGGUGCCUCGGAAAGGCUAGCUAAUCUUCGAAAUCUAAAUUCUGGGAUGCAGCUGGCGGAAACUGUCACCUGCAGGUCAAGCAUGUUACGAGGUCUGCCUGCGGAGUGCAGUCAGCUUGUUCACAGUGGUUUGGCCUUCCAAGUGUCUGUGGAUGUUGAGAAGCUGGACAAGUCAAUCAAACUUAGGGAUGUUAUAGAACUCGCGAAUGGCCCAAUCAACAUGUUCUUUAUGCCGCACACUUCCCGGUGCGUUGAAUACCUGGACAGGAGUCGUCGUCUCAUUUGCGAAGCGCUAAAGAGAUGUGAAGUACAAGCUUCGACUACGCCCUCUUCGGCAGGCUUGUGGUCGUGUUCGGUCUAGAAGAUCGCAUCAUUCCAGUGGCAUUGUCGUCUUUAGCUCGGACAUUGUUCAUCAAGGUUGGUAUUUAAGAGAAUGAUAUAUGACAUGUUUGCUUGUGCAGCUUCUAAAGGUCUCUCCUUCAGUGGCGUCAUAGAUGCUUUCGGAAGGCUCAUCCCGCAAAUGGAGACAUCUGCAAAGCUUUGUCUUCUACUGACUCUCUUUCGGGAAUUUAUACGUCUAAAAUGGCCAGGCACAGCAAAUGAUGUAGAUCCUGCAGCAUUCAAGGAACUCCAGGGUCUCCUCAACUGGAUGUUCACUUCCGGGGCUAUUCAGUUUAAUCUAACUGAUAGCGAGGAAGACAAUAAGAAUCGUCCAAGAGGUUUUUUGGAGCAGCUGGAAACGGUAGAAGUCGGUGUGAAUGUCUCCCUGCUUAUUGUGUGGCUGGAGAGGAGCAGCGAGGACAAGGUAAGACUUCUCUUAGGCUAGGGCAUAUAAGCAGCUGUGACAGUGGGUGAAUUGGCAUCUCGUGGACUUUUACCCUUCACAGGAAUGACGUCUUCUUCUUUGUCGAACAUUGUUCUUUGUGCUUAGAUUUGCACUGCUGGUAAUCUGGCAUUAUAAUAGAAUGCAAGAAGGGGAUAAAGCUGGCAUUCUUUUCAGCUUUAUCCUAGUUAAUCUC